GUACUUGCUCUGCCGCAGCAGCAGCGUAGCAGAUUAUAUUCAGUGGUUUAGAAAGUCUUUAAACCCUUACAGGCCUUCAAAUCCCUAUGCUGAAGGUGAAGUCUGACAUCGUGUCUGAGGGGGAAGACAUUAUUGCCACAUGCAGUGCAUCAGAGGAGACGGGCAGUCUGAUGUUCUACUUCUACGAGGACGAUCAGGAGGUCAAGAGAGUCGUUAGUGCCAGCAACUCUGUGACAACCACUCUGACCAUGCAGAAGCUCACAGACAUCUACCUGCAUUGUGACUAUAUGGUUAUGAUGCAACGCAACGCAGGACAUUCCAACAAAAGCAACAUGGUGAAAGUUAUUGUACAAGAUCUUGAUGUGAUCACCCCACAAAUAAACAUCUCCCCCAAAGCGAAUGUUGUUGAGGGUGACAGGUUGCAGAUCACAUGUAAGGUGAAACGUAACUCAGAUCUUGAGCUGUACCUCACCAAAGGCAACACCCUUCUUCGUGAAUCUCAUACAACCUUCACAUACAGCCUCGUAGUAAGAGCCGAGGAUUCAGGGGACUAUGUGUGUAAAGCAGAGAAAGGCAGCGUGCAAAAGAAGGCAGUCUAUUGGCUAAAUGUUGCAGAACUGUUCUCGAAGCCAAUUUUGAGAAUGAGCCCAGACCAGCUUUUUGAAGGAGAACGCUUCACUCUGACCUGCAGCAGUACUGUAAUCUCCUCAGUGAAGAUCGGAAAAGCAGACAUAAAGUAUGUUUUGCUGAAAGAUGGCCGACGCAUUGCAGCAGUUGCCAAAUACGAUGACACUGCAAGCCUGGCCACCAAUGGGAACUACUACUGUAUGGCCAUGGCUAAAGAAGUUAACAAGACCAGCUUACCAUUUAUUUUAAAGGCUAAAGUGCCUGUUUCUGCCCCAGUCCUUCGUGCUGUUAAUAAGGUGAUUGUUGGUAAACCAUUCAGAGUUUCAUGUGAGUCUGAAAAUGGAACGUUUCCAAUAACCUACACCUUACUGAAGGCCAGAGUUCCAGUGGCUUACAGGACAGUGGUUGAGGCAGCUGACAGG